AUGGAGAACGGUCAUGAGAUCGGUACCCAACAUGCAACGAAGGGAGACCGCGACACCGGGCAAGAAGGGCUACGUGACAGAUCGUCUCUACCGAAGGCUGAGCCGACUGACCGACUGUUGAAAUUAGGCCAGCCGGAAGAGACGAAGGAGCCUAAAGAAGAAAUAAUGCUAAAUACUGAAGACGUCGAGAUUGCAGAAAUACCAGUUUAUCACCACGAGAGCGGAGAUUUGUUUGCGGAAGAUAUCGAGCAGCAUCUGGCGGUGUUACCAGAGAUGUCGGCGACUACGGAAGAAGUUACAAUUGAGGACAUUCAGAUCGGUGAUCCCGAUGUGCCUCUCACCACAGAUCAACAACGGCUCAGAUCGCUGAUCUGGAAGAGCCGUCACCUCCUCAUGGGUAAAGGUAAUGCUCUACCACCAGCAGCACGAGGCGCGAUCUGUGAUAUUAAUGUCGGUGGGGCAGCACCGAUAGCGCAAAGAGUGCGUCCGGGCGCACCCAAAUAUCGGGAGAAGCUGUCAGGUUUUAUUAAAGGACUAUUAGCAGCCAAAAUCGUUCAGCCAUCCACGUCACCUUGGGCGUCUCCGAUAGUGGUGAUCAUCAAGAAGAACGGAGUGGAUAUUCGCCUUUUCAUUGAUUAUCGAAGAGUGAACCAGCUGACGCGUCUGAUGGUUUAUCCCAUGCCGUUGAUCAGCUAUCUGUUGGAAGAUCUGGAUAAAGCUCUAUGGUACUGUUCGCUAGACAUGGCUAGUGGAUUUUGGGUCGUCGAAAUGACUGAACGAGCAAAACUGAUCUCAGCGUUUGUCACACCGUUUGGCUUGUUCUAG